AUGGAAAGCGAACAAAUUAGAAGCGAUCGAUACGGACGGUAUCGAGUGGCGGCCGGCGACGGGAAUUGCCUGUUUCGUUCUAUCGCCGUGGGAUUGCACGGUAACGACCGGCAACAUUUCCAGGUAAGAUCGGACGCGAUCGCGGCGGCGGAAAACAAUUGGAACGAUCUAGCGGUUUGGACCGAUUUUACAAAUUUUGAUGAUUACAAAAAUGUCAUGUCAAAAAACGGCGAAUGGGGUUCCGCCAUGGAAGUUUUCGCACUUUCUUCGUUUUAUAAUAGGAGGUUUUUGAUCAUCGAAAACGGAAAAAUUCUCUUAGAUCAGGGAAGAAUGGACGAUACCAAUCCGAUUUUGUUAAGAUACAGUGGACACAAUCAUUACGAUUGUUAUAUCGAAAUGCGGCGCAAUUUCGAUUUGUCUAGGUCAGGUGUGGAGGUCAUGGACACUUUUGUCCGGGAUUCCGUCGUCGAGAACGUCAGGGAAUCGGAGCCGUCUGUCGUUGGCGAAGAAUCGGUUGAAAUUAGCGUCAAUCCUACCAAGAGUCCUUUGGAGGAGACGAUCACGAUGUCAAAACAACACAACGAGGAAAAAGACUACGACGACGAAGACGAUUUGGAUUCCAUCGCGGAAUCGGUGGCGGAAGCCUCGAGGCCGGUCAUCCGCGGUAGAGUGGGUCGCGCUUGGCACCCUCUACCUCCGUUCGAUACGCACAAGCGAGAGUGGCGUAUUCGAAACGAGAGAAUCAACAAUUUUUAUCAAAAUGCCGUAUAUCACGAGGACGUUGAUUUUGAUUUAAUCGAAACUCAUUAUCUAGGAAGGGAAAGGUGGUUUUGUCCAUUUUGCGGGGCUGCUUUUUGGUUUUCCGAAUUGUAUCGAAAAACGGGUCGAAGCGAUUUAUGUUGUUCUUCCGGUCGUAAUGUCUUGGGCGAAGACGCGUUAUUUAAGAAACCGGUCGAUUUGAACCUUCUCAAAUUGUACGCCGGAGGAAAAUUGAACGUAGACGAGUAUGAAUUAAUGCGGCAUUUUGGAAAAUUUUCCAGGGCCUAUAAUAGCAUUUUCGCUAUGGCCCAUCCCAGGGGCAAUUACGCCGGUCUAGGGAUGUACGGAUCGGGCCGUCCGGCUACAUCGACCGCGGUAAUCAAUCGUCAAGUGAGGUUUAUGGCGGAUUCGCAUCGAACAGGAAAUCGUCGUUUUAACGAGGCGCAUCUUUAUUUCAUGGACGUAUCGGAAAACACGGCCAAUUUGCGAAGGUCUUUUUCCACCGUUUCGGGACAAUUAUCCGAGGACGUUGUCGAUUCAUUCGAAUCGUAUUUAAGACGGGAAAAUCGAUUAUGUAAAAUUUUUAAAUGGGCAGGCCAAUUAUAUAGGGAGGAGGUCGAAAACGCCGCCGUCAAUAACAGGGAAGUUAGGGAAAUUGUUUUAUGCGUUAAUCCGCGGAUCAAGGACGAACGAAACGGUCCACGUAAAGCGGGAUACCACCGUAGGAGGAUAUCCGAAGCCGCGGCUCGCGUCUCGGGACUUCAAUUUCCGAGAAACGAAACGAUCGCGGGUAUUUACAUCGGGGACAGGCCCCCUUGCUACUACGACGUGGAGUUUGUUCCAAGACCGUUGGAGGAGGACGCGGCUUUGCCGUAUAGAGAGAUUUCCGUUAUCACGGCCACGCUAGAUCUAAUGUUAUAUCCUUUAGUUCAUUUGCACGCGGAGAGUUCUUGGAACGAAUCCGCCGACAAGGUCAACACGUUAAGACAAUAUUACAGAUUUCGGUUGUUAUCGGAUAUUCCGAGGACAAAGGGCGGUCGUUAUUGGAAUGUCUUGGAUUUGGUAGGUAAAUUGCGUUUACAAUACAUCAUCGACGCCGCCGUCAAAAUCGAGUACAACGACGUCUCUUGGGCGGAAAAAAAUCAAAAGGUAUUACGAUCCGAUACCUACGAUAGUUUGAAAAGGUUCUUGGAAAUGCGGACGGCUCAAAUAAACGAGGGAAAUGAAGGUCUACCUCGCGUACGUCCCGGUCGCAUCAUCAUCUUACCGGCUACGAUUCCCGGUACCAGGCGGUACUACCACAACGGUUAUCUAGACAGUUUGGCUUUGUGCGCGAAAUUGAGAAGAGUUCCCACUUACCUUCUCACGUUCACGUCAAACAAAAAUUGGCAAGAGGUAAUCGACGAGAUGAACCGCCGCGACAAAUCCGUGUCCGACAUAGGAAACUUUCCGGAGGUUUUGUGUCGCGUAUUCGAACAAAAAUUGAAUGCCUUGAUGGGAGAUUUGACCGAGCGUCAAAUCUUAGGGAAAAUCGAAGGAUACGUUGUCAGGGUAGAAUUCCAAAAACGCGGCGCUCCGCACGCGCAUAUCCUUCUCUAUUUGUCCAGAGAAGACGUUCCCGUUUCGGGAGAGGAUGUGGAUAGGGUCAUUUGGGCGAGAUGGCCCGAACCUUCUGACGGUAACGGUUUCGAAUCGCUUCGUCACUUGGUCAACACGUUCAUGAUACAUAACAAGUGCGAUAUCGAACCGGAAAACGUCGAACAGGAAAUCGACGACAAUGACGAGGAGGAGGAACAAGAGGCGGAGAUAGGUGUCGGAAAUUCGAGGGUCAGAAGACCGCCUUGCUGGACCGUUGUCGAUCGAUGCCGGUGGAAAUAUCCGAAACAGCAAAUAUCGAGUACCGUUUUUAAGAUCGAGAAGCAAAUUCUUUACAGACGUCCUCCGGGUGUUUGCUUUUUUAACAGGCAACAAAAUCGUUUGGUCGGCAACGAAUGGAUUAUCCCUUAUAAUCCGACGCUGUUGACGCGAUUCAAAUGCCACGUCAAUUUGGAACUUUGCGUCGGAAACCCGAUCCAGGUGUGUCGAUACAUUAACGCCUACGUCAAUAAGGGGUUAGACGUAGCGAACGUCCAAUGCGUUGAGAUGCAAGUGAAUACGACCACCGGUACGAUAGAUUGGAACGAGGCGGCGGCAUUCCUUAAAAUGAGAUAUAUCGGACCGCACGAGGCGGUCUAUCGCAUCUUGGGAAAUGGCAUGUUCCAUAUCAGUCACGCCAUCGAAAAGUUGCCCGUGCAUUUGGAAGGAGAGGCUUGUGAAAUUUACAGGGAAGGGGACGAGGUGACCGUAGUCGAAAGGGGCGAGCGUUCCAAGCUCGUCGCUUGGUUCGAAUUGAACGCGGCGGAGGAGGCGACGGGUCGGCGACGGUUCUACGUCGACAUCGUCGAAACGCACUCUUGGCGGCAAGGUCGUUGGGUCGCCAAGUCACGACCCACCAGUUCUAUAGGUCGUAUGAGUCCGGUUUAUCCGAGUCCGGGGAAUAUGGAGCGCUACUAUCUACGAAUGAUUUUGGGCAACGUGACAGGUUUGAUUUCGUUCGUGGACGCGAAAACCGUAAACGGCGUUUUAUGUCCUUCGUAUCAGGCCGCUUGCGUAGCGUUAAAAUUGAUCCCGGACGACGACGAAGAGGCGGACAAGAUUUUAGAUUGGAUAGCGGAUCGUCUUCGUCAUCCGUUUUAUUUAAGGGAAGCGUUCGCUCUAAUUCUCUUGUACAAUCCGUCGAAGAAUCCCCGAACUUUAUUUAAAAGAUGGUGCAGGCGUAUGUCCGCGGACGUGCAUAGGAUUCAUAUCGAUUUAAUCAGAGAUAUCGACGAAGAGGGCGCGGGCGACUUAAACGAAAGGAUGCACGUGCUCCGUACGUGUCGGUAUACGGUCCUUUGGAGUUUCGUAGAUCGAUUUCUGGUCGAAUGCUCCACUUCGAUGGAAAAAAUUAAUCUUCCUCGGGAUUGGAUUUCCGAUUGGGUUUACGACGAGGAGGCGGAACAACUUUUGGACGAGGAAGAGGUUACGUUCGAGGAAUUCGCUUUCGUUCCGAGACCGAAUCAAAAUUUGCAUUUGAUCGAUCUCAACGAUCAACAGCUGGGAUUCGUUUACGAGGUUUUACAGUCUGUAUGCGAUCGUAACGGUAUCGUUUUCGUUUUGACCGGCGAAGGGGGCACCGGCAAAACCGCGACCGUCAACGUUAUUUUGGAAGAGGCGGAACGUCGCGCGUUACCGUACGUAUCCGCGGCUUUUACGGGGAUCGCGGCCACGUUAAUCCGGAACGCGGCUACGAUUCAUUCUUCUUUCGGCAUUCCUAGAGAAAGAAGCGUAGACGAUACGCCGGUUUCUAAUUUGGUGGGCGAGUCGGAGGCGGCCGACGAUAUUCGAAACGCGAGACUCGUCGUGUUAGACGAGGUGUUUAUGUUGGCGUCGUGGAUGUUGGAAAUGAUCGAUGCCGUGUGUCGGGAAUACGGUCAAUCGCGACGACCGUUCGGUGGGAAAACCGUUAUUCUUAGCGGCGAUCCCAAGCAGUUGCUUCCCGUUGUCAAGGGUAGGCGAGCGGGAAUGGCGUCCGUGUUCGAGUCCAUCGUUUCGCAUCCGGCAUGGAGUACUUUUCAACCGUGCACGUUAACGGAAAACAUGCGUGUUCAUCCGCAAGAGGUGGAAUGGUCGAAUUUCAUCAGGAGAGUAGGCGACGGGGAAAGAAUCGUUUCGGACAACGGACGCGAACCGAUUUCCGAUAACUGUCUGUUCGUUCCUUCCAAAUUAAUUGUCAAAUCGCGCCAACAACUCGUCGACUUUGUUUACGGGGACGUCUUCGAAUCGAUGCUCGCUCUUCCCGGGACGAACGAGCGAUUCUUGGAAUUAGCCGAGCGAUUGGCCCUCCGGUCGAUCCUUUGUCCCGUGAACAGCGAGGUCGAUGAGUUGAACGAAAUCAUCUCAAAGAUCUUCCCCGAUCCGUCAGGAUCGGAGAGGGUCUUUUUGGCGACCAAUUUCUACGAUAGACAGAGUAACGAGGAUGGGGCCGACGAUCACGAAAUCGCCAAUCCCCUCGCGACGGGAGUCACCAGUGAAAUUAUCGAAAGUUUAGAUUUGUCGGGACUACCGCCACAUCGGUUGACUUUGAAGAUCGGUUCGGUGGUAGUCCUUUUGGUAAAUCUUAACGUGCGGAGGGGUUUUUGUAACGGACAGAGAAUGAUCGUUUUGGAGAUGGGCGAUGACGUGAUAGUCGGCCGCAUCGUUUCCGGUCAAUUUCAGGGCCGUAAAUGUGUCAUUAUCAGAAAACAAUUCGUUUUAGAGGAAAAAGAAACGCCAUUGCUACCGGGCGGCGGCACAUUUUAUAGAAAACAAUUUCCGAUUAAGUUGGCGCACGCAAUUACUAUCAACAAAGCGCAAGGACAGACUCUUUCGCGAGUCGGUUUGUGUCUCAACGUCCCGUGUUUUGCUCACGGUCAAUUGUACGUCGCUUUGUCCAGAGUGCGUACUUGGCAGGAUAUUCGCAUUUUUGUAAAGGAAAGUCGUAGACAGGGUCGUUUCUUUAAAGACGGUCGCAAAAAUAAUCCAGUUUUCACGCAGAAUAUCGUUUAUAGGGCGUUUUUAGAUAAAAUCUUCAAUUGA